UAAACUCGUCUUCUUCUUCUUCUUGAGUUUUUUCCUUGUUGAUUCUGAAGCACGACGACGGCAAGCGGUCGUGUAUUCCGAGCAAGUGGAAAUCAGUCUAACUCUGAACUGAUUCUUUGAGUUGUGAAGUUCACAAUCGGAGUUGGUUUAGAUUACUGGCUUCAUCACCUGAUUGAAGAUAAUUGGGAAUUGCAUUCGUGAAGGAAACGGGGAGAUGGGAUCUGAAGGGCCAAGAGAUGUAGUCAUUCAUGUUACUGGAUUUAAGAAGUUUCAAGGAGUAGCUAAAAAUCCCACAGAGACAAUAGUUAACAAUUUGAAGGAUUUUGUUGAAAAGAGAGGGUGGCCUGCUGGGGUUACUUUAGGUAGUUGCACCGUUCUUGAGACUGCUGGAGAUGGUGCUCUUCCCUCGCUAUACAAGAUCUUGGAAUCGGGCACUGCAGCUGCCAAUAAUGACAAGCGUGAACAAGUUGUUUGGCUUCACUUAGGGGUGAAUAGUGGGGCUUUAAGAUUUGCCAUUGAAAGACUAGCAGCUAAUGAAGCCACUUUUCUUUGUCCGGAUGAGCUAGGAUGGCAACCACAGCAACACCCCAUAGUCCCUGUGGAUGGAGGGAUUUCCUGCACAAGGGAGACUUGUUGCUCUAUUGAGACAAUACUGAAGAUUUUGAAGGAGAAGGGAUAUGAGGUGACAAUAUCAGAUGAUGCGGGUCGCUUUGUGUGCAACUAUGUCUAUUAUCACUCUCUUCGAUUUGCAGAACAACAGGGUCACAAAUCUCUUUUUGUGCAUGUUCCUCUCUUUUCAAGAAUUGAUGAAGAAACUCAAAUGCAAUUUAUAGCCUCCCUCUUAGAGGCUAUUGCCUUGACAUGUCAAUAAAUUGAUUUCAGUGUUUGUUUUUCUGUGUUCAUGUCUGUUUACCAUGUGCUGAAGUUCAUCAACUACAUCAAUAUCAUGAAUAACAAUGAUCAUAAAAGUGAGGGAAUCCAACUGUGGAUAUCUGUGUUCCCUUUCUGUUCAACCAAAUUGUUGCCUUUGCCAUUUUUGGUGAAUCACCCAUUAUAUAUAGAGUUUAUAAUUUAUGUUC